UGAGUCCGCCAGUCGAGUUUGAGACGUUGUGUCAGUUGGUAUAUUGUUUAUAGUUUCUCCAUUUGUUUACAAAUUGUAAAUAAUGUUUUAGUACAUUUAAAGCAUGACAAUGACAAUAACAGUUUUGUGAUGUGAUUGCAAGUGUUUGUAAUAUUUGUUUUAUUUAAUUUUGUAAUGAUGCAAAUCGCGCGCGUCUUUUGGACUGUACUUGGACUGAUAUGCAUUGUGGAGGCGGCUAUGGUCGGAGACCAAUGCGACUGGACUGGCAGUGGUUUGACGUCGACUGCAGAGCGUGGAGUGACGCCAGUAUACCUCCGAUGUCGCGAAGGCGGCGUAACGUGGAUGUAUCCUCGCGGGGCGCUGCGGUUGCUGUUCAGGCCCUCGCUGCCUGCUGACGAGCGCGACUUCACCGUCUGCAUACGCGUCAUCAGACGACCAGACCCGCCAGACCUGUUCCAUUCCGUGCGGCAUGAUGAUACAGCCGCGGAACGUUUUCCCGCCCGUCUGUUCGUGGAGGGGGCGCGUCGGUUGGUGCCUCUCUACGCGCCCAACGACGGCGACCCUCGCGAGCUACGUUGCUUCCGCAGCAGGCGAGGGCGCGCCGCACUCUACGUAGAGGCGGAACCCGAAGAAGGACCCAAGAGGAGGGUCGCCAUGUUCAAAUAUGAGGCCAAGCCGCUCGUCCGAAGGCAUUAUGAUCCCGCUACUGCUGAUUGUCGACCUUGCACGGAAUCCGAGUUGGAGCUCGCUUUCUGCACGAGCGAUUUAGUGUCGCGUGGUGUGAUAGUAGGGAGUGAACAGAGGGAAGACCUGGACACGACCCAGCUCACGCUGCGACUGACCAAGUUGAUUCGCGCCACGGGCAGCGACACGGAGCCCAAAGACAAAACAGACGAGAAUGAUGACUAUUACAGGUAUGAAGUAGACAACACAGUAGAGCCGGCGCGAGGGCGGCGAGGCCGGCGCGCGCGCAGCCUGCACGCGCACGUGCACGUGGCGUCGGCGUGCGGCGCGGCGGCGGGCGCGGGCGAGUUCCUCGUGAUGGCGCGCCGCCGCCUCGGCCGGUACGCGCUCGUGUGCGCGCCGCGGCUGCAGGACUGGGUUCAGUUGGUCGAGAGGCGGAAUGCAGAGGGCACUGCGCAUUGCUUGUUGCAGCACUGAGGGAUGCCUGCGUGAUGACAAUGUCGACGGCUCCAGUGGUCUCCAGUCUCAUAACUACACAAUCUGGCAAUUAUUGGUAUUCUAGAUGAACAGCCGUAAUUGAAGAAUAAUUGGACUGAUGCUUCGGAUUGUAUGACGGACAUUAGUCCGUCAGCAUUCCAUGAUAGCCGCCUGGGUAUGGCAUCAGUUUGGCUGGACGAUGUUGCCUAAGCUUGUUAAAAAAGAUCAAAUCCAUAAAUAGCACCUCGUAAUAAUGGCAAUAUAAAGUCAAUAUAAACUCGUAAAAAACGAACAGUUUUUAUCGUGGUUUAUAAAAGUCCGGCUGGAAGGACCAAUAACGGACUUCGCACAUUAGUGUUGGCAAUGCAGUGACAGACAAUUAAAUUGUAUGGACUGAAGUGAUCACUAUAAUAUUAUGACAGUUAUGGUGUUUAGAUGGAGAUGCAUAGAAUAUAAAGCAAUUCUUUAUGUUUCUUUUAAAGUAGAGAUGUAUUUUCAAAGUAUUAAUAAUAGCAGAUUUUUAUGAAAUAUGUACAUCGAAUGACCACUGUUAUUAUAAGAUAUAUUAUUGCUUGCCAUAAAUCAGCUUACGUUUUGCAAUAUUGUACAGAAAUAUUAUAUUUAUGUAGUCUUUAUUUACUGUAAAAUGUAGCUUAUGUAUGUAGUUCAGAGUGCCAAAAUCCGUAAGAUCUUCAUAUUUAGACGUAAGGUUGAUCUCAACUCUGUACAUAUUAUAUUUAAGAGGUAAUAGCCAUAUUAUCGUUAAUCUACAACUUUGUAAUAUUUAUCUGGAAAAAACACUUUUUAUUUUUUUAAAACUUUGUUGAAAACUUCGUGGUGACAUUUAAUAAGAUUCUUUUAUUUUUAACUAAACUUAAAAGUGUUUUAUUGAAUGUUUGACGAUUUAAAUGUGUUAUAAAAAGUUGUAAGUACAGAACUUUAUCUUCUUUUUCACUUCAUAUUAUAUCAUGACACAUGCUACUUACAGCGCAUUGUAAUAAACGAUCCCAAUCUCAAUCUUCAAUCCGAAUUCGAAAAUUACCAAUCAAAAUAACUCAUUUGUAAACAUGUCAAAAAAGGUCUAUUCUCAUUGGUGAAGAUAGACCGAAAACAUCGAUUGGGAUCAUUUAUAGAAUAUUGCGCUUAGAUAAUAGGAAAUGCUAUUAAAAUGUUUAGUUUGUUCGCACUAAUUCACGUACAUUUCGUGUGCUAAGGCGUUACCGCUAACAGCCAUUUUCAGCGUAAACUAUUAUACAAUGUUAAGUGGCAUGUGUUUAUUGCAAUAAAUCCUGAUUUAUUGGUGCUGUUGUCACGCGUGCUUCCAUAGCCAAAAUAUAAUAUAUUUCAUAACAGCUGCCUUUAUAUAUUUGUGAAUAUUAAGUAAUAUAUUUUGUACAAAAUUAUGUAAUUAUUGUCGAUAUGUGAUAUAGAAUACAACGAUGUUAAAGUGCCUAUUGUAUAUUUAUGUUUGAUGGUUCGAUAUUAAUACGUAGUGUUAAACGAUAUAAGAAUUUAUACAUAUUAACCGUAAGAAGAAAACUGUUGAAUAAAAUAGUUUAAAAAUUA